UAUAGGGUAUGAGGUGAGCCUUUUUUCCGGGAGUUGUAGUUAAAUACUAUGUGGAUUCCCAGUCGCUGGGCACCCAAACAAGACCAUUUUCUUUCCUCUUUUGAGGGCAGUGAGGGUCUGGGGGUAGAAGACCAAACCUACAUGUAUCCAAUAGAAGAAUGACUCGAAACAGUUUCCGAGAGCUCUGCUCAUCUCCCAUCUCACUCUCCAGGUGAAGAACCUGAUGGUGGUGGGUAUUGACUCCUACCACGACUCUGCCAGUCGCGGUCGCUCCGUUGGAGGCUUCAUUGCCAGCACCAACAACUCCCUCACCAGGUACUACUCUCAGUGCAUGUUCCAGCACACUGGGCAGGAGCUGGCCGACAAUCUGAAAGUCUGCAUGACUGCGGCUCUCAAGAACUACCACGACAUCAACAAGCGCCUCCCCGAGAGGAUUUUGGUCUAUCGAGACGGCGUCGGAGAUGGACAGCUGCCGGCAGUGUGUGAGCAUGAGGUUCCCCAGAUGAUGUCCGCUUUCCAGAUGCAAGGCAGAUUAUAGUCCCAAGUUGGCAGUGGUGGUUGUGAAGAAGAGGAUCAACAGCCGAAUGUUUCACGAGAGCCGUCAAGGUCUGGCCAACCCUCCACCGGGCACCGUGGUGGACACUGUCAUCACCAAGCCAGAGUGGUACGAUUUCUUCCUGGCAAGCCAGAGUGUUCGUCAGGGAACAGUCACUCCCACCCAUUUCAACGUCAUCUAUGAUACGAGUGGCCUGAAACCGGACCACAUGCAGAGGCUCACCUACAAACUCUGCCACCUCUACUACAACUGGCCUGGGACGGUUCGAGUACCAGCUCCAUGUCAGUAUGCUCACAAGCUGGCCUUCCUGGUGGGCCAGUCCAUCCACAAAGAGCCAUCCAAAGAGUUGGCUGACCGGCUCUACUUCCUGUAGUGUAUGUAAUCUUCCGACCGAGCUGUAUGUAUAAUACCUCCUUACCUCUAUGCACUGCGAGCCCUUUUCAUAACCAUGGCUCUACGAUAUAGACUACCCUCAACUUCUGUAUUUAGUGUCUAGCGUAGAGUCUUAUGACGUGUGUAACCUCUCAAUUUCAUGAUUAUCAUGCUGCUGCUAACUCUGAAGGCUGUCGCUGGUAUCACUCAUUAAUCAAUCCUAGCAUUCAUCAAUUACACCAUGUAGUCAUUGUGUAAAUAGCAUUGUUGUCACUUAUGGAUGGACAGUUUAUUCUGUGAUUUGUGUGGUUGUUUGGAUUUUAUUUGAAAUGAAGCACUUUGCAGCCAGCAUAGCAGCAUUGCAUACACGCCAGUUAAAAACACUGGAG